AUGGAACCAGAACAUGGAUUUCCAGAUAGAGACUUGUCUCUUCGACGUGGAAAAACGUUAAGUAAACCGGAACGUCACCAACCAGCAACUCCCAUGUUGCCAGGAAAAGACAAAAAAGCAUUUGACUUUUGGGUUUUUUUUUCAAGAAUUGUUACAUUUUGGGCUCCAAGUGCUUUACUAUCUUCAAUGGGCGGUCUACACGAUUCUCAAUCACGACAAGCUUGGCGUGAAAAAAUCACAUUAUGUUUCAUUGCUGUUAUUAUGGGUGGUCUUGUGGCUUUCCUCACUGUUGGCUUAUCACAAGUAUUAUGUCCUCCUGAACAAGCAAGCAACCCUGAAUUAUUUAUACGUUUUGGUGAUAGUGGUAGACAUCUUGGUAUUCUUGGAUGGCAAUUCGAUGUUACAGGAGCUGAUAAAAGUGUAUUCACUGUUGACGUAGGAACUCCAAUGGGCCAAGACAUUACUAAUUUCUUUACUAGAGACAAUGCAAAAAUUCCAAGUUGUCAAGAUCCAGCCUUACAAAAAUUCGCUGCUGUAAAACAACCAUUAUGUCAACCACCAGCAAAAUGUCCACUAUUGCCAAUUUCCCCCGAAACUUUUGCAAAAUAUAAAAUCACAAACACCACAAAAAAAGUUGGUUUUGACUGGUCUCAGCUUGCUGAUCUUGAGAACCACAUGGUAAUCAAUGGAAACGUAUUAAACCUUGGACCAUACACAACCGCAAACCCAAAAGCAAUUCCUGGUGACUUGAUGGACACUAUAAUUCGUGAAGUUUUGGAUACUCCUCAUAAAAUCGGUGGAAAAGAUGCUACUCGUAUCUUCUUUAAUAAACCUGACCUGAAAGCUGCCGUCAAUUGUCUUGUUUCAAAAUAUUAUGCCGGAAACAUUGAUAAAGAGACUAUUGGUUGUUUUACCUCGACAAUCUUUUUAUAUAUUUCGUUGGUUGUCAUCUUGGGAAUUGUGUUGGUUAGAUUUGCUAUGGCUUGUGUGUUUGAUUGGUUCGUUUCACAUCGUCUUGCCCUUAAACCAAAACAAAGAGACAACACUAUUGGUGAGAAAUCGAUUGGUGCUGCUUCCGUUGUGCCUUGGACUCCUGGAACAAUAACUGUUUCCAAGGACAUGACAAUGAAUCAAGUUGGAAAUGACCUUUUCACUGUGUUGCUUGUAACUUGCUAUUCUGAAGGUGAAGAAGGCUUAAGAUGUACUUGUGAAUCUAUGGCUGCUACCGAAUAUCCUGACGAUCGUAAAUUAUUGUUUCUUAUUUGUGAUGGUAUAAUUACUGGCAGUGGCAAUGAUCUAAGUACUCCAGAUAUUUGCGUCAGCUUAUUAGAUAUUGAACCUCAAUUUGCAGAUCCAAAACCUAAAAGUUAUAUUGCUGUGGCAUCCGGUUCAAAACAACAUAAUAGAGCAAAGGUUUACGCUGGUUAUUUUAAUUAUAAAGAUCGUAAACUUCCAACUGUUUGUGUUGUAAAAUGUGGUAAUCCAGAAGAAGAUGGGAAACCAAAAGCUGGUAAUCGUGGUAAACGUGACUCUCAAUUGAUAUUGAUGCACUUUUUCAGUCGUGUCACGUACAAUGAUCGUAUGUGUGAAUUGGAUUAUGACCUUUUCAAUAAAGUUCAUCAUUUAAUGGGUAUUACACCAGAUUUCUUUGAAAUCGUUCUUAUGGUUGAUGCAGAUACUAAAGUUUAUCCAAAUUCUCUUAGAUUGUUGAUCAAUUGCAUGUGUAAUGAUGGUUUAAUUAUGGGCUUGUGUGGUGAAACAAAGAUCGCAAAUAAACGUGAUUCAUGGGUUACAGCAAUUCAAGUAUUCGAGUAUUACAUUUCACAUCAUUUGGGUAAAGGUUUCGAGUCAGUAUUCGGUGGUGUUACCUGUUUACCAGGUUGUUUCUGUAUGUAUCGGUUGAAAGCACGUAAAGGCAAAGAUGAUUGGGUACCAAUUAUCACCAAACCAGAAAUAGUUCAAGAAUAUUCACAAAAUACCGUUGAAACGUUACAUCAAAAGAAUUUAUUAUUGUUGGGUGAAGAUCGAUUUUUGACAACUUUAAUGUUAAGGAAUUUCCCACAUCGUAAAAUGAUGUUUUGCCCAAAAGCCGUUUGUAAAACAGUUGUACCAGACGAGUUCAAUGUUUUGUUAUCACAACGUCGUAGAUGGAUCAAUUCAACUAUACAUAAUUUAUUGGAACUUGUGCUUGUUAGAAAUUUAUGUGGAACAUUUUGUUUUUCCAUGCAAUUUGUUAUUUUCAUGGAGCUUGUUGGUACCGUUGUGUUGCCAGUUGCAUUGGUGUUGACAUAUGGAUUAAUGGUCACUUUGGUUCUUAAGCCACCACGAGACUUGAUAGAAGCUAUUCCACUAAUGAUGUUGGUUUUGGUGCUUGGAUUACCUGCAAUUUUGAUUUUGCUUACGACGCGUAAAUUGAUCUAUAUAGCUUGGAUGUUUAUUUAUUUGUUGGCUUUACCUGUUUGGAAUCUUAUUUUACCGGUAUAUGCCUAUUGGCAUUUUGAUGAUUUCUCAUGGGUACCAGUGAAACGUUGGGAAGACUGGGAACGUACCAGAAUCCAUGAUAAUGAUCCAUUAUUAUCUCAUGAUUCAUAUGAUGCUUAUAGUGAUAGUCGAUAUGGUGGCAAUGAUUCCGCUUCUGUUCGUUCAAAUAAUUCUCAACAUCAAUUUUACGAUUAUUCAAAUAAUCCCACAGGUGAUCAUGGUUAUCCACCACAAGAUCAAUUCGAUGAUAUAAGGUUCCAUGAAAAUGAUAGACAUCAUCAAUAUUAA